AAUCUUAAAACAUGUCUGAUUAAUUACAUGGGAGGUAGAAUCCAAGAAAAUGACAGAAAGAAAGAGAAGAAAGAUUCACCCCCUCUCUGGUAAACCCCCCACCCCGCGCCGCCCCCGUCGAUAGAAGAAGCACGAGUGGCAGAGAAGUAAUUUGAGAUACAACUGAAGCUACGGUGUUUGCGUUUGGAAAAAAAAAUGGGCGAAGCAAGUAAGAUGGUUUCUGUGGAAGAGGCGCUCGAGAUACUGCUCAAGGCCGCGCAGAGGCUGCCGCCGGUGACGGUGCCGCUCCACGUGGCGCUGGGCAAAAUCUUGGCCCAAGACGUCGCUGCUCCCGACCCACUUCCGCCGUACCCAGCUUCCAUCAAGGAUGGGUAUGCGGUAGUUGCUUCAGAUGGUCCCGGAGAGUAUCCUGUGAUUACCGAGUCAAGAGCGGGAGAUGAUGCUAUUGACGUCACAGUGACACCUGGCACAAUUGCAUAUGUGACAACUGGAGGACCUAUACCUAAUGGUGCUGAUGCUGUUGUGCAAGUGGAGGACACUUUACUGGUAGAGAGUGCAGUUGGUGGUCCAAAACGAGUACGUGUAUUGAAACAGGUCGCAAAGGGACUCGAUAUUAGGCCAGUGGGUAGUGAUAUUGCUAAAGGUGAUGUAGUAUUGAAAUCCGGAGACCAUCUAGGCGCUGCAGAAAUUGGCUUACUUGCUACAGUAGGCAUUACAGCCGUAAAGGUGUAUCCAACCCCAAAAAUUGCGGUGCUAUCCACAGGCGAUGAACUUGUCGAGCCUACAAACGAGUCUUUAAAUCGUGGCCAGAUUAGGGACUCCAAUCGUGCCAUGAUCCUUGCUGCUGCUGUGCAGCAGAACUGUGAAGUUGUUGAUCUUGGCAUAGCUCAUGACAAUGAAGAGGAAAUCGAGACCAUAUUCGAUAGAGCCUUUUCUAGUGGAAUCGAUAUCCUAAUAACUUCUGGAGGAGUUUCAAUGGGGGAUCGGGAUUUCGUUAAGCCUUUACUUGAAAAGAGAGGAAAAUUACAUUUUCACAAGGUUUGCAUGAAACCAGGAAAGCCUAUUACAUUUGCCGAGAUCCCUUGUGGAUCAACCGAGAGUAAGGCUGGAAAAAAGAUUCUUGCUUUUGGUUUACCUGGAAAUCCAGUUAGCUGCUUAGUCUGUUUCCAUCUAUUUGUCGUCCCUACAAUACGUCGCCUUUCCGGAUGGAUACACCCUCACCUUCCAAGAGUACAUGCUCGUCUUAAGCAUUCCGUAAAGGCAGAUCGAGUUCGUCCGGAAUUCCAUCGCGCCACUGUCAGGUGGGAAUUUACUAAAGAUGCAGAAAUUUCAGGAUUUGUUGCUGAGAGUACUGGUCACCAAAUUAGCAGCCGACUUUUGAGUAUGAAGUCAGCAAAUGCUUUAUUGGAACUGCCGCCUACAGGCAACUCGAUUCCUGCUGGAACUUCUGUGGUUGCAAUCAUCAUUUCCGAUAUAAUCGGUUUUAGUGGGACCCACAAUUUGCCAUCAUCAGUCACAGUACCAUUAACACAACAAAGCAAUGUUAGGGAUGUUAUUACAGGCAAGUCUAACGGUUCCGAGUCUAGAGUGGCCAUUCUCACUGUGAGUGACACUGUUGCAUCAGGGGCAGGGCCCGAUCGAAGUGGCCCACGGGCAGUAUCUGUUGUUAAUUCAUCAUCGGAAAAAUUAGGUGGGGCCACUGUGAUUGCUACAGCAGUUGUUCCAGACGAGAUUCCAAAGAUCAAGGAAUUGCUUGAGAAAUGGAGUGAUGUCGAUAAAAUGGAUCUCAUUAUUACUCUCGGUGGUACUGGAUUCACCCCAAGAGAUGUUACCCCCGAAGCUACGAAACAAGUGAUACACAAAGAGACGCCCGGUCUUCUUUAUGUUAUGAUGCGAGAGAGUUUAAAGGUGACACCAUUUGCGAUGCUAUCGCGCUCUGCUGCCGGAAUAAGAGGGUCAACAUUGAUAAUAAACAUGCCCGGAAAUCCCAAUGCUGUAGCGGAAUGUAUGGAGGCUUUGUUACCGGCUCUUAAACACGCGUUGAAGCAAGUAAAAGGCGACAAGAGAGAGAAACAUCCUAACCACGUACCUCAUGCACAAGCUGUGGGCCCUACCGGUACUGAUACGUGGGAACGUAGUUAUAAGUUGGCUGCGGAUGUUGCUCAAGAAACUGGCUGUUCUUGUUCGCAUUAGUUAAUCUGCGAUACGAAACAAAUUUGACAGACUUGUUUUGAGAAAAAGCUCUUGUAAGCAUUUUUUUUUUCCUUUUUUUUUUUUCUUUUUCGUUAACGAAUAUUUAUGGUAACAAAGAAUAAAACGUGGAAAAGACGCACGUGUCAGCAUUAAAGUGAAAAGAGUUAGUACGAAGAAUGAGUUUUAACAUGGGA